GACUCCCAGGCCAAGCCCAGCGGGUACAGCCUCCACCAGCAGCAGGGCAACAAGGCGCACGGCACCGAGCGCAUCGGCACACUCUACAAGAAGAGCGAGGGGCUGAGGAAGGUGUGGCAGAAGAGGAGAUGCUCCGUGAAGAACGGCUUCCUGACCAUCCCCCACGGCACGGCUAACAGACCCCCGGCCAAACUGAACCUGCUCACCUGCCAGGUGAAGAGUAGUCCAGACGAGAAGAAGAGCUUCGACCUGUUCUCCCACGACCGCACGUACCACUUCCAGGCCGAGGAUGAGGCUGAUUGCCAGCACUGGGUGUCAGUGCUGCAGAACAGUAAGGAGGAGGCUCUGAACAAAGCAUUUAAAGGCGAUCAGGACGAAGGAGAGAACAACAUCGUGCAGGAGCUGACCAGAGCCAUCGUGGAGGAGGUGAAGAGGAUGAGCGGGAACUCUUGCUGCUGCGACUGUGGGGCGCCCGACCCCACCUGGCUGUCCACUAACUUGGGGGUUCUGAUCUGCAUCGAGUGCUCGGGGAUCCACAGGGAGAUGGGGGUCCACUACUCCAGGAUCCAGAGCCUGGACCUGGACAUGCUGGGAACCUCGGAGCUGCUGUUGGCGAAGAAUGUGGGAAAUGCCAGCUUCAACGAGGUCAUGGAGGCAGAUCUGUCGGCGCCGCACGUCACCAAACCGGACCCCAGCAGCGACAUGCAGGUGAGGAAGGACUUCAUCAUGGCGAAGUACACGGAGAAGCGAUUUGUGCGGCGGCAGUGUGCGGACGCGGCGGCGCAGCUGCAGGCGCUGUACGAGGCGGUUCGAUGCAGGGACAUCCUGUCGCUGCUUCAGAUCUACGCUGAGGGGGUGGAACUGCGGGAGGCCAUCGACCAACCCAACGAACACGAGCCCGGGGAGACGGCGCUCCACCUGGCAGUCCGGAUGGUGGACAGGAACUCGCUGCACAUCGUCGACUUCCUCGCUCAGAAUGGUGGUAACCUGGACCAGCAGACAGCCAGAGGCAGCACGGCGUUGCAUUACUGUUGCCUGACCGACAACAGCGAGUGUCUGAAGCUGCUGCUGAGAGGGAAGGCCUCCGUGUCCAUCAUGAACGAGGCCGGAGAGACUCCGAUGGACAUCGCCAAGCGCCUCCGACACACCCAGUGUGAAGAGCAG